AUUCAACUUCAGUAUGACUUCCAGCCAAAACAACCAAUUCAUCAACUAUCCAGAGCCCCGCGAAGGCCCUCCGGCACCUUACCAAAAUGAAACCCAGUCGAUCCCCGUCUUCCGGGGCAUUCCAUUGGUGAUCGGAGCUACAUUGAUCCAUAACAUCGGGUUCAUUCAGAGCCAUUUCUGGAAGAAUGCCGGCUUCGACGUUAUCCACGACAUCCCCCAACUCAAGCAAUACUCCGCCCGCUACGAUCCCACCGUGAUCCCGGUGCGUCGCGAUCAGACGGAGACUGCGACGGACCCCCCCGCGCCAGAAACAAAGAGGCAGGGAAAGAAUGGAUACUAUACGUCGGCGGAUUACCAUGCGCUAUUCAAGACUGCAGAAUUGUCGCCUAUUGAUGUCGUUGAGACGCUGUUGCCUCUGAUCCGUCGCGAUGCGCAACCGCCCGGUAAGCACUCGGUCGCGUUUCUUGAGUCGAAAGUGGAUGGGAUCCGGGCUGCGGCGGAGGCUUCUGCGGGACGGUAUAAGAAUGGGAAACCGCUGGGUCCACUGGAUGGGGUUCCUGUUGUCGUGAAGGAUGAAGUGCAUGUGGAGGGGUAUGACCGGACGCUGGGGACGAAGUUGGACUUUAAGAAUGGGCUGGAGGGGACGUCUUGGUGCGUGAGGAAGUGGGAGGAAGCGGGGGCUAUUGUUAUUGGGAAGACUACGAUGCAUGAGUUGGGAUUGGACACAAACAACAACAACCCCAACUACGGCACCCCGCGCAACCCUCACAACCGUGACUACUACUGCGGUGGUUCUUCAGGAGGAUCGGCCUACGCCGUCGGAGCAGGACUGGUCCCCAUUGCCCUGGGCGCAGACGGCGGAGGCUCGAUCCGAAUUCCCUCUUCCUUCUGUGGUCUCUGGGGACUCAAGCCCUCUCACAGCCGGGUCUCUGCAGCGCCUACCCUAGGCCUCGCACCUACAGUUGGUGUCUAUGGACCCAUGACAACAAGUAUCGACGACCUCGCCCACGCAUACCGCGUCAUGACCGCACCACCCCCGGCAUCCGAAGACUCGACAUCCUCCACUUUCCCUCCCCCAAGCACACCCAUAAGCACCAACACAACCAAGAAAAUCGGCCUCGUCCGCGACUGGAUCGACCGCGCCGAACCCCCCGUCCGCGCCGCCUUCGACAACGCCCUCGCCUACUACAAAAAACAAGGCUACGAAACCAUCGACAUCCACAUCCCCUACCUCCCCGAAGGCCAGCGCGCACACGUCCUCACCAUCAUGUCCGAGAUCGCCUCAGGCUUAGACCCCAAACGGCAGAUCAAGCACCUCUCCGCGCCUAACAAGGUCCUCAUGUCCGUUGCUGCGUGGCAGAUCCUGUCCGCGGAUUUCCUUGCCGCGCAGCGCCUGCGUAGUCUCCUCAUGUCACACCUCGCGCAUCUCUUCCAGAAACAUCCUGGUCUGCUCAUUUUCACGCCCACCACCCCGAUCCCGGGGUGGAGGAUUGACGGCGGGGAGUCAGAUCUUGCGCAUGGUCUGUCAGACGGGAAGUCUUCCGUCAGGAACAUGGAGUACGUCUGGUUGGCGAAUUACACAGGUUGUCCUGCUAUCACUUGCCCCGGCGGUUACUCUAAUGACGGCGUGCCGAUGGGCAUCAUGGCGAUGGGUGAAUGGGGCGCUGAGGAGGAGUUGAUUGCAUUUGCCAGAGAUGGGGAGGGCCUUCUGGAGUCUCUUCCUGAGAGCUUGGCUCCUGCUAGUGCGAAGGACGCGGAUAAUGACGGUAAGGGAUUGAGGGCUCCGAGUGGAGAGAAUGGGUUCUGGGAGGAUGUUAUUGCUAGGGCUGGAGCGAAGGCUUAGAUUUGGAUACUGUAAAUAGUUUGUUUGCUUUAGGGCAGUGAUUAAUUGAUAAUGUUUAAGGAGAGUUUUAUUCGGAC